AUGUCAAAGUUGCGAUCAGGGAAGUCUCACAAGCCGAUCCUGCUAACCAACUACAACGUCACCGGCCCCAAACGCGAGAAGUUUAGGCCGAACUACGAAAUUCUGCGUUUGGCAAAUCCCAAGAAUGAGAUAAAGGUCUGGGAAGCUGCGUUGGCAACAUCGGCUGCACCUCCCUACUUCAAGCCGUAUGUUCAACCUACUACUGGGAAAUUUUUCGUAGAUGGAGGUUUGCAUUACAAUUGUCCCGCUUGGGUUGCUCAUCAUGAGCGUCAGAUUCUAUGGAAGGAUGUCCAAUAUCAACAGCCCGAUGUACUGCUAUCUCCCGGAACUGGUCUGGGUACCAGUAAGGAUGCUGUAACUAACCAGGUCCCCCAGCCAACAAAAAGAGGGUUUCACAACUUGGUCAACAUCAUCCUCGGUAUGGCUCAGGGCCAACUGAACAGUGAGAAGGCCUGGGACGAUUUACUACGCGCAUAUCGCCAUAACCGACAAUCCCGAAGACCGGGCACGCUAUAUCAGACUCAAUGUUAUGUUUGAUAUAAGACCGGGUCUAAACAAGGUUGACCAACUGGAUCUGUUGGAGACAACAACUCGUCUAAGUGCCAGAGGGAGCCUCGAACUGAGAGACGCGGCCGAUAGGCUGAUUGCGAGUUCAUUUUGCCUCUAGAGGGAAGGCCCUGUGAUCAAGGGCCGUGUUUGCAAAGGUUCCAUCCGCUGCAGAUUCGACCCCGGGAGCGAUGAUGCCAAAUCCCUCGGCACUCUGCUUUUCAGCCGUAUCACGCCCGAUUUUGAGCCACAUUUCUUGCUUCAGACCGAUUACCGCCAGCAUAAAGAGUAAACCAAAAAGAUUGCCAUCAGACAAGAAAUGUGGACCGAGAUGUGCAGAAGCGGAAAAUUCGAGGUCGAGGUCGAGAUUGAAAGAGCCUCCUCCGGCCCUGUUCGCCUCUCCAUUGGCCUUCGCGCGCCUACACCAGGCCAAACUUCUCCAAGUUAUUUAUCCAUUAGCGGAUUUCCCAGACGACUAUAUUACGAAACUGUCAGAAGAUCUAUGUCGACUCAACCACAUGACAAUGACUCACCCUCAAUGGUCGGGCGAGCAAAUACAUCAUGGAACUUUUUAUCUCUGGCCAGACCAGAUGACAGCCCCAUACUGAUGACCACCCAAAGCACCCCAAGGGAUCUGGAAAGAAGGCCUGCACAGGAGACAUAUGAUGCCUCUACGCUUGAUCGGCCUCGAAGUCGUGCAUGAGUGCGUAUGAGCCGAGGAGUUGGAUAUAGGUGUUUUUCUGGCGUUCUCUAGGGCCCAAUCGGGUUAUCUGCAAGGUUUAAAGACUAUCUUCUAUAGAAUAUCGACUAUAUCCUGACAUAUAGCGA